AUGUUUGUGGAAUCCCAAGGAAAUCCAGGAACAGAUCCAUUGGUUUUGUGGCUAAAUGGAGGUCCUGGCUGUUCAUCUCUUGGUGGUCUAUUUGAAGAGUUAGGCCCAUAUUUAAUCAACAAAGAUGGAAAAACACUUCGCCUAAAUCCUUAUUCGUGGAAUAAUUAUGCAUCAAUUAUAUUUUUAGAAUCCCCUGCUGGGGUUGGAUUUUCGUAUAAUACUAAAAGCAAGAAUGUUUUGACAAAUGAUGAUGAGGUGCCUUUAAAACUAUACAGUCGUACCUCACUUUAA